AUGGCCAUUGUCUUCGGGACGCGUCUCGCAGGCCCCGGCCGAGCCUCGCGAUACGAUCCCGGGGCCGCACCGGACGCGACCUGGAAAACCGUGAACGGGGUCGCGAUCCCCCCGCGCCCGGAGGAACCCGACAACUGCUGCAUGAGCGGCUGCGUGCACUGCGUGUGGGACGACUAUCGGGACGAGCUGGAGGAAUGGGCCGCGCGGCUUGCGCAGGCGAAGGCCAAGGGCUCGCCCGCAACAAGCGACGGCAAGGACCAGCGCCAGACGCCGAGGUCCGAGGUCAACGCCGCCAGUGGUAGUAUGGACGACGAUGGCGGGGGCAGUGAAACGAACUGGACGCUGCCGGAUCCCAACGAGGACCUGUUCGCUGAUAUUCCCGUCGGGAUCCGGGAGUUCAUGAAGACGGAGAAGAGGUUGAAGCAGAAACAUCAAGAGGAAGCCCACACAUCCCAGAAGAGCAAACCCCUCCCUUAUGAGCCAAGCCAGAUCAUCAGAUCAGAAAUUAAUGCCAGGAUGUCAAUAUCACAAUCGGAAACAGACAUCAUCCUCAACAAGGCCAAUGUCGCCCUGGCCCGCAGUCAACGGCUUGUCGCAUCAUGGCUCCCAGCUCCGACGACGGAGGACCAGGCCAAUGUGAAAUCCGAAGAGGAGUUGCAGCGCGAAGAGGAUGAGAUAUUUACAGCGGUCCCAGAAACGCUCGGAGUUGGAGCGCCUUUGCCGACGAAAGCCGCGGAUGGAAGUUGGAAUCGCACGGAACUGGACUCAAAUGACAAACUACGGAAACAGCUUCUCGGUCGCAAUUACCAGAAAGUCAUGGCGGCCAAGGCUAAUGCAAAGACAGGGCCGUCCUCCGCUGGUACAGCGACAGGUCGACCGUUGGUGAAGGCGGCGGCGUCCGGCGCCGGUCACGGGGCUGACCAGGAGGAUGAGGAUGAGGAGGAAGGUCGCCUGGCUCUUAUUGGCACAAAGAAUAACUCUUUUUCAAGGAAGAGGAAAGCAGCUGUUCCUCAACAAAUUCCGGGAGAAACCGAAAACAUGAGCUCGGAGGCCAAGGUGACAGAUGUUGGUGGCGAGGAUAAAUCAGAAGGGGCUCCAUCGCAACCCUCAACUGGCCGAAGAGGUAGGAAAAAGGGCACAAGCUUUUUGGAUGAGAUCUUGGCCGAACGGUCGAAGAAGAGAAAGAAGAGGUGA